GAACUAUGCAAGUAGCACCAGAAUUCCCCUCCCUGGUGACGGACCAGCUAUUCAGUCAAACAGUUCAGCACCAUCCAAACAAACUGUUCUGUCUUGGCAAGCUGCAAUUGAUGCUGCUAGACAAGCAAAGGCUGCCCAAAAUAUGAGUACCGCCUCAGCCCAGCCUGUAGGAUCUCUGUCCCAAAGAAAACGCCAGCAAUAUGCCAAGAGCAAAAAACAGGGUAAUACGUCUAAUAGUCGUCCACCCCGUGCCCUUUUCUGUUUAUCCCUCAACAACCCAAUACGAAGAGCCUGCAUUAGUCUAGUAGAAUGGAAACCAUUUGACAUAUUUAUACUAUUGUCUAUUUUUGCCAAUUGUGUGGCCUUAGCUGUUUACAUCCCAUUCCCAGAAGAUGAUUCUAAUUCAACUAAUCAUAAUUUGGAAAAAGUAGAAUAUGCCUUCCUGAUAAUUUUUACAGUUGAAACAUUUUUGAAGAUUAUAGCAUAUGGAUUAUUAUUACACCCCAAUGCAUAUGUUAGAAAUGGAUGGAACUUAUUGGAUUUUGUAAUAGUAAUAGUAGGAUUAUUUAGUGUAAUAUUGGAACAAUUAACCAAAGAAACAGAAGGUGGCAGCCACUCGGGUGGCAAACCUGGUGGCUUUGAUGUCAAAGCCCUAAGAGCCUUUCGUGUAUUGCGACCUCUCCGGCUUGUAUCAGGAGUGCCCAGUUUACAAGUUGUCCUGAACUCCAUUAUAAAAGCCAUGGUCCCCCUCCUCCAUAUUGCCCUUUUGGUAUUGUUUGUAAUCAUAAUCUAUGCUAUUAUAGGAUUGGAACUUUUUAUUGGAAAAAUGCACAAAUCUUGUUUUCUAAUUGAUUCAGAUAUACUAGUUGAAGAAGAUCCAGCACCUUGUGCAUUCUCAGGGAAUGGACGUCAGUGUGUCAUGAAUGGCACUGAAUGUAAGGGUGGAUGGGUUGGACCAAAUGGAGGCAUAACCAACUUUGAUAAUUUUGCAUUUGCAAUGUUGACUGUGUUCCAGUGCAUAACCAUGGAAGGAUGGACUGAUGUGUUAUACUGGGUAAAUGAUGCAAUAGGAUGUGAGUGGCCAUGGAUCUAUUUUGUUAGUCUUAUCAUCCUUGGCUCAUUUUUCGUACUUAACCUGGUUCUUGGUGUACUUAGUGGAGAAUUUUCCAAGGAAAGAGAAAAAGCCAAGGCCCGAGGGGACUUUCAGAAGCUACGUGAAAAACAGCAGCUUGAAGAAGAUCUGAAGGGAUAUUUAGACUGGAUUACGCAGGCAGAAGACAUUGACCCUGAGAAUGAUGAAGAGGUUGAUGAGGAAGGCAAGCGGAACACAAGCAUGCCCACCAGUGAAACUGAAUCAGUCAACACAGAAAAUGUGAGUGGAGAAGGAGAGAACCCAGCAUGCUGUGGGAGUUUAUGUCGACGCUGGCGUCGCUGGAAUCGAUUUAAUCGAAGAAAAUGUAGAGCUGCAGUAAAAUCUGUCACAUUUUAUUGGCUUGUUAUUGUCUUGGUCUUUCUGAACACAUUAACAAUCUCAUCGGAGCACUAUAAUCAACCUGACUGGCUGACCCAGAUCCAAGAUAUCGCAAAUAAAGUUCUUCUGGCUUUAUUCACCUGUGAAAUGUUAGUAAAGAUGUACAGCUUGGGCCUACAGGCUUAUUUUGUUUCUCUUUUUAACCGCUUUGAUUGCUUCGUUGUUUGUGGUGGCAUUGUCGAAACCAUUUUGGUGGAGUUGGAAAUUAUGUCACCCCUUGGAAUUUCAGUGUUUCGCUGUGUUCGUCUCCUGCGUAUUUUUAAAGUAACAAGGCACUGGGCAUCCCUGAGCAACUUGGUAGCAUCCUUGUUAAACUCAAUGAAGUCCAUUGCUUCACUAUUGCUUCUGCUUUUCCUCUUCAUCAUAAUCUUCUCGUUGCUUGGAAUGCAGCUGUUUGGAGGCAAAUUUAAUUUUGAUGAAACUCAAACAAAACGGAGCACCUUCGAUAAUUUUCCACAAGCUCUUUUAACUGUAUUCCAGAUUCUAACAGGGGAAGACUGGAAUGCUGUUAUGUAUGAUGGCAUAAUGGCAUAUGGUGGCCCAUCAUCGUCAGGCAUGAUAGUCUGUAUAUAUUUCAUUAUCCUCUUCAUCUGUGGUAACUAUAUCUUGCUAAAUGUCUUCUUGGCCAUUGCUGUGGAUAAUUUGGCAGAUGCUGAAAGUCUAAAUACAGCUCAGAAAGAAGAAGCUGAAGAAAAGGAGAGGAAAAAGAAUGCGAGGUAAAAUAGCAUGGGCAUGUUGAACAAGCAGGAGAGGGAAGGAGGAGGAAAAGAGAGUCUGGAAAAUAAAAAAAGUGAGAAGUCAGAAGGUGACCAAAAGAAGCCCAAGGAUAGUAAGGUGACAAUUACUGAAUAUGGAGAAGGAGAGGAUGAGGAUAAAGAUCCCUAUCCACCCUGUGAUGUACCAGGUGAAGAUGAAGAAGAUGAGGAGGAUGAACCAGAAGUACCAGCAGGCCCACGUCCCCGUAGAAUAUCGGAACUAAAUAUGAAGGAGAAGAUAACACCAAUCCCGGAAGGGAGUGCCUUCUUCAUUUUCAGCAGCACCAAUCCAAUUCGAGUGGGAUGCCACAGACUCAUCAAUCACCACAUCUUCACCAAUCUCAUCCUUGUCUUCAUCAUGCUGAGCAGUGUUUCCCUAGCAGCAGAAGAUCCAAUUCGCAGCCACUCUUUUCGAAAUAAUAUACUUGGUUACUUUGACUAUGCUUUCACAGCCAUCUUUACUGUUGAAAUCCUGUUAAAGAUGACAGCUUUUGGAGCGUUCCUUCAUAAAGGGUCCUUCUGCAGGAAUUAUUUUAAUUUGCUGGAUUUGCUGGUUGUGGGUGUUUCUCUGGUAUCAUUUGGUAUUCAAUCAAGCGCUAUCUCAGUUGUGAAGAUCCUCAGAGUUUUAAGAGUCUUGAGGCCUCUAAGGGCAAUAAACAGAGCAAAAGGACUUAAGCAUGUUGUUCAGUGUGUCUUUGUGGCUAUUAGAACCAUCGGUAACAUCAUGAUUGUUACAACGCUGCUGCAGUUCAUGUUUGCUUGCAUUGGAGUGCAGCUGUUCAAGGUAAGCAGGCACGCAGAAUCUACACUGCUUUGUUUUUUUUCCCACAGAGGAAUAUACAUCGUUUAUAAAGAUGGAGAUGUUGAUAAUCCAAUGGUCAAAGAGAGGGUCUGGCAAAAUAGCGAUUUCAACUUUGAUAAUGUUCUGUCUGCUAUGAUGGCCCUUUUUACAGUAUCCACUUUUGAAGGCUGGCCAGCGCUGCUAUACAAAGCCAUUGAUUCAAACGGAGAGAAUGUAGGACCUGUGUACAACUACAGAGUGGAAAUCUCAAUUUUUUUCAUCAUCUAUAUCAUCAUUAUUGCUUUCUUUAUGAUGAACAUCUUUGUUGGUUUUGUGAUUGUUACAUUCCAAGAACAAGGAGAGCAAGAGUACAAGAACUGUGAGCUGGACAAAAAUCAGCGUCAGUGUGUAGAAUAUGCCUUGAAGGCACGUCCUCUUCGUAGAUAUAUUCCCAAAAAUCCUUACCAGUACAAGUUCUGGUAUGUGGUGAAUUCUACUGGAUUUGAAUACAUCAUGUUUGUCCUCAUCAUGCUGAACACACUUUGCCUGGCUAUGCAGCACUAUGGACAGUCUAAGCUCUUUAAUGAUGCAAUGGACAUUAUGAAUAUGGUUUUCACGGGAGUGUUCACUGUUGAAAUGGUUUUGAAACUGAUUGCAUUCAAACCCAAGGGCUAUUUUAGUGAUGCCUGGAAUACGUUUGACUCCCUCAUCGUUAUUGGCAGCAUAGUAGACGUCGUUCUCAGUGAAGCUGAUAACUCUGAAGACAGCGCUAGAAUCUCCAUCACUUUUUUCCGGCUCUUCCGGGUGAUGAGGUUGGUGAAGCUGCUUAGCAGAGGAGAAGGAAUCAGAACGUUACUGUGGACAUUUAUUAAGUCAUUUCAGGCUCUGCCUUAUGUUGCCCUUCUGAUAGCGAUGCUGUUCUUCAUCUAUGCUGUCAUUGGAAUGCAGGUAUUUGGAAAAGUGGCCAUGAGGGACAACAAUCAAAUAAACAGAAACAACAAUUUUCAGACUUUCCCCCAAGCUGUGCUACUUCUCUUCAGGUGUGCAACUGGAGAAGCCUGGCAGGAGAUCAUGCUGGCAUGUUUGCCUGGAAAACGCUGUGAUCCAGAAUCUGAUUAUAAUCCAGGGGAGGAAUACACGUGUGGAAGCAAUUUUGCCAUAAUUUAUUUUAUCAGUUUUUACAUGCUUUGUGCAUUUUUGAUUAUAAACCUCUUUGUUGCUGUCAUAAUGGAUAAUUUUGAUUAUUUGACACGUGACUGGUCUAUUCUGGGUCCCCAUCAUUUGGAUGAGUUCAAAAGGAUAUGGUCAGAGUAUGACCCUGAAGCAAAGGGAAGGAUAAAGCAUCUUGAUGUGGUUACGUUACUGAGACGCAUUCAGCCACCACUUGGUUUUGGCAAAUUAUGCCCUCACCGAGUGGCCUGCAAGAGGUUAGUAGCCAUGAAUAUGCCACUAAACAGUGAUGGAACCGUCAUGUUCAAUGCUACUUUAUUUGCUUUGGUGAGGACUGCUCUAAAGAUAAAAACAGAAGGUAACCUAGAGCAAGCAAAUGAAGAACUUAGAGCAGUUAUAAAGAAAAUAUGGAAGAAAACGAGCAUGAAGUUACUUGACCAAGUUGUUCCUCCAGCUGGCGAUGAUGAGGUAACCGUGGGGAAGUUCUAUGCCACCUUCCUGAUACAGGACUACUUUAGGAAAUUCAAGAAACGCAAAGAACAAGGACUGGUGGGGAAAUAUCCUGCGAAGAAUACCACGAUUGCUCUGCAGGCAGGACUAAGGACACUUCAUGAUAUUGGUCCUGAAAUACGCCGAGCUAUAUCCUGUGACUUGCAAGAUGAUGAACCAGAGGAAAACAAUCCAGAGGAGGAGGAAGAUGUUUAUAAAAGGAAUGGUGCCCUCUUUGGCAACCACAUAAACCAUAUUAGCAGUGACAGACGAGAUUCAUUUCAGCAGAUCAACACCACACACCGUCCCUUACAUGUGCAGCGGCCUUCAAUUCCAUCUGCAAGUGAUAAUGAGAAAAAUGUAUAUCCUCAGGCAGGAAAUUCUAUAUACCACAAUCAUCACAAUCACAACUCAGUAGGAAAGCAAGUUCCAAACUCGACAAAUGCCAAUCUCAAUAAUGCCAACGUGUCCAAAGUUGUUCAUGGAAAGCACACACAUUUUGGAAGUCGUGAGCAUAGAUCUGAAAAUGGUUACCAUUCAUACUCCAGAACUGAUCAUGAGAAGCGUAGAAGGCCAAGCAGUAGGAGAUCUGACUCUGGUGAUGGGCGUCGACCUACUAUUUGCCGUGAAGAACGUGAAGUUCAAGACUAUUGCAAUGAUGAUCAUUAUUUGGGAGAGCAGGAGUAUUUUAGUGGAGAAGAAUAUUUUGAGGAAGACAGUAUGUUGUCAGGAAGCAGGCAUAUAUAUGAUUACCACUGUAGAUACCACUGCCAUGACUCAGAUUUUGAGAGACCAAAAGGUUACCAUCACCCACAUGGGUUUUUUGAGGAAGAUGAUUCACAGACCUGUUAUGAUACAAAAAGGUCUCCUAGGAGACGGCUGCUACCUCCAACACCAACAUCAAAUAGACGAUCUUCCUUUAACUUUGAAUGCCUUCGCCGACAAAGUAGUCAAGAUGACAUACCACUCUCUCCUAAUUUCCACCACCGCACUGCUUUACCACUUCACUUAAUGCAGCAGCAGGUCAUGGCUGUGGCAGGUCUGGAUUCUAGCAAAGCUCAUAAACAUUCACCAAGUCGUUCAACGCGUUCCUGGGCUACGCCACCCGCAACCCCUCCCAACAGGGACCGUACUCCGUAUUACACACCCCUAAUCCAGGUCGAUAGGGCUGAAUCUACAGAGCAUAUGAAUGGCAGCCUGCCGUCCUUGCACAGGAGCUCUUGGUACACAGAUGACCCCGAUAUUUCCUACCGGACAUUUACACCAGCCAAUUUAACAGUACCUAAUGACUUUAGACAUAAACAUAGUGACAAACAGAGGAGUGCAGACAGUUUGGUAGAAGCGGUACUUAUAUCUGAAGGCCUAGGAAGGUAUGCAAAGGACCCUAAAUUUGUUUCAGCUACAAAACACGAGAUUGCGGAUGCAUGCGACAUGACUAUUGAUGAAAUGGAAAGUGCAGCAAGUAAUCUUCUCAAUGGAAAUAUUAGCAAUGGGACCAAUGGGGAUAUGUUUCCCAUUUUAAGCAGACAAGAUUAUGAACUUCAAGAUUUUGGUCCUGGCUACAGUGAUGAAGAACCAGAAACGGGACGAUAUGAAGAAGACUUAGCUGAUGAAAUGAUAUGCAUUACAAGCUUAUAGUAUUUAGCAAGGAAAAUGAUUCUAAUAACAGAAAAAAGUGCCUCAUAGAUUAAAGACGCUAGGCACUAGCUGGAGUGAAUAACCAACCAAGUUCUGUACAUGUGAUGUCACACCUCAAGGAAGCCAUAACUAAUAAAUUUAUUAUCUCCAGGUUGCCGAAAUGUGAUCAGAGCUGCAGUACGUCAAGUUUCCUCCCACGGGAUCUUCAGCUCCUCCGUAGGAAUAAGGUUAUUUUGAAACCAAGCGGAUUGUGACAAUCAGUGUUUUGAGGGCUAGAGGAGGAUUCUGAGGUGUAAUAUCUUGCCUGUCUUUCAACCUUGUGCUGCUGUCCUUCAUAGUAGAGCAGGAUUUUGGCAAGGAAAAUGUAUGUUUAAGUCCAGCACAAAAUUGUGUGGGAAAUAGCAACAUAAGAUGAGUGAUGACAUUACCUCAGCACUCAAUGGCAUAUCAGCUACCUGUUGCAUAUCCAUUCUAACAUUGUUUUCAAACUUGCCUCCUGAUUUCUUUUCUUAAUGCUCUUCUAAAAUACGGUUUGUCAUGCUCUACCUGAUAGAGGUCGUUGGAUAAGGAAGUUAUAUACAGAAUAAUCUGUCAUAUGUAACACCAGUUUACAUAGGAAAAUAUCAUUCAGAUAGUCUGUUUUAUGACUAUCACAUUAAGGGCAAAAUAUACUGGAAUAAUUGCAUUCUUACUAAUGCACUUGCAACCAGGUUAUAGUAGAAUUAGAUAAGAUAGUUUGCUAAAAAUUAUAUAGUAGAAAUUACUGUAAAUGAAUUGUAAUAUACAAUGAUUUGUAUUUGUAAAGAGAUGUUCUAUAUUUUGUAAUUAUUGUACCGUAAUUGAACUGCAGCAAUAUUUAUGGACCCUAAUUAUUGUAACUCUCCACAGAAUUCUAGAUAGAAGUAUUUUUACUUGGAAUCUAUAGAUCUAUAGCAUAAAUAUUUACAUAGAGCCACCUCUCAGUGUAAAUCUCUUUUUGGGAUAAAGUGUCAAGUUUGAACUUGACAGCAGAACAGAUACUUUCUUUUUAAAUAAUUAAGUCAAAUCAAUCUCUCUGCAGAGGGGAUGCACAGUUGACUAUUUACAGUCUUACACUUGGAAAGGUAAAAGAUUUAAAGUUAUUUUAACUUUUUUGAUUGAAAAAUGAGCUCUAAUUUUAUUUUUCUAUUAAUCCCAGGAUAAAAAUAAAUAUAAUCGUUUUAAAAUUGGCAAGUUCAUGCCAGGGUAUUACUGGUCAUAAGACAGUUUCGACAAAAUAUAUUAUCUAUGUACCUGACAUUGCAAGGAAGCAUCUUGGGCAGAAAUUAUUUCACAGGUAAAUGAAAAUGCUUUCUUUCAGAACUAUUUACUCUGCUUGGAAAGUAAAAAAAAAAAAAAAAAAAAAAGGAUAAAAUGAUUCUUCACAGAACCAAAAACCUUGGUAUAAGAAGUAUACUAUUUUAUUGCCUCUACCUUUUUGUUGUUCUCUGUGUACUAUUUCAAAGAUUUAUUUUUAUGCAAUCAAGAGAGGGCUUAGAUGUUGUUCACAAUGCAGUAAACCCCUGAAAUGACUUUGAGGCUGAAAUGACCUUGGAGGAAAAUCAAAAAACACUGAAAGUUACUGUCUAUUUUGUUAGCACUGGGUAACAAUGACUUGUUCUAACAAGUUGUCUUAUCAGGUUUUACCUGUAGUUCAUAUGCUACAUAGCAAUCCAGUUCACAUUUUUACAAAUGUGAUGUUUAAAACAUGUCAAUAAACAUUUUGUACAUAAUGACAGUUUCCUAUGAAUAGCAUACAGACUUCCUCUGAAAUCAUUCUUAUUUCAAAUGCCAGGAUAAGAACUUAAAGGUUUGUAAAUUAUUUCUUGACCUACAUCAUUUUGUAUUAAAACAAAUGCAAAAUGUUCUUCAAAAUAAAACUGUGUAAUAAUUUUAUUAUA